AACCGCGACGCGACGCCGUGGUUGGCGGCCAGCCAUCAUGUCUUCUGUAAACUCAGGCAGCAAACGUUGGACGCAUUUCCAUUCUGCUCUGCAACUCGCGAUACAACGGUCAACGCACAAAUGGACGUACGAGGACUUUACGGAGUGCUUCUCGCUCUGGUGCGAGGAAGAACCUGAAGCAUCAUCUGCGCUGUUCAACACUGUCGCACAGCACAUGGAGUCCGGCAUCACAAGCCGAUGCGAAGAGCUGCUUAUCCAGUUCAAUGUCAGAGAAAACCUGGAUAAGCUGCAUGCUAUCGUUACCGAAGCGCGCGCUCGUAAACAAUCUGAAAAUGGAUAUGACGGGAAAGAUGUUUGGAGAGAGAAUAUCCACCCUAGAGCUGCUGUACGAGCCAAAACUGUACCGCUACUCGAGCAGGAGCGUGAUCGGCUGAAGGCCGAGUUAGCCAAACUUGACGAAGAAAACAGGCGUUUGCAGACUGAAAUGCAAACGAACGUCAAAGCGCGGACUAUUGCAGAUGAGGAGGCCACUGCGUUAUUGGACCUCUUAGAUGAGGCAUGCGCGAAAUGGAGUGGCGUGCCCAUGGAGGAGAUUUCAUCUUGGACGCUCCAAACCGCAGAGUCUGUGAGCCCAAGUGCGCCUCGUUAACACGGACGACGCUUCAGUUUCUCCAUUUCUUCGCUUUUGGUUGGUUGAUUUUAACUUUGUAUCUCUAUACCCAGAUGUAGCAUGGACGGUGAAAAUGUAUCUCUAGCUUGGAACGUAAGAUUUCCAGCUUCCACUAUGUCUAUUAGACUAUCUGGAGCCCAGCGUCACCAUGCAUUAGCGUGGUGAGACAAAGAACGACAUCGCGUUUCCACGUACCUGCACGCCAUACACAUCGCUCUGAUUCAUAUCGAUCAGUUGCUAAAUAAGCUCCUGGGAUCUAU